AUGGAUGUGCCCGUAAACGUCCCUGUUGAUGAUCCCAAUGCAGAUACAGAGUGGAACGACAUUCUUCGCAAACAUGGCAUUAUCCCUGAAAAGCAACCCGACCCAGAACCCAUCAUCCAAGAAGCCUUACUCGAAGCCGUAAAGAAGGCCCACGACAACCGACUGGAAGACAAAGAUUUGGAUGAACUCCAUGACCUUGAAGACGAGGAAGAUGAAGCUUUUCUCGAGAUUUACCGCCAAAAGCGCCUCGCCGAAAUCGCAAAGCUGCAAAAGAAGUCCCUUUACGGCCAAGUGUUUCCGCUCCAAAAGCCAGAUUAUGCCCGCGACGUUACGGAAGAAUCGUCCAAGGCAUUUGUCUUGGUCAACUUAACCUCUUCCCUGGGCACCAAUGUCGAGUCUCGGGUCCUGUCCGAGGUCUGGAGGCAAGCCGCGAGAAAGUUCGGAGACGUCAAGUUCUGCGAAAUCCGCGCUGAUCUCUGCAUCGAGGGCUAUCCCGAGAAGAACACGCCGACCAUUCUGGUCUAUAAGGAUGGUGACAUAAAGCGUCAAAUUAUUACUCUGGCACAGCUCAAUGGUGUGAGAACAAACCUGAGGGAUCUUGAGCGACUCCUUGUUGAAGUCGGCGCUGUGGCGGAUAAUGACAUGCGACUCAGACGAAAGGACGAGGACGACGAGGACGAGAAGAACAAAAACCAAGACGACGAAGACGAUGAUGAUUGGGACUGA